GCGUCGCUACUUAUAUCGCGAUAUCCAUUCCUGUGAUAUUGUUAUCUACAUUUUUUGUGAUGCAAGGAUUAUCUUUCAGGCUCUUGUGGGUGAAGGUAGUGUUCGCAGGCCUUCUGUCUCUCGCUCCGGUGCUCGGCUCGCCGGUGUUGGGCUCCGAGCCCAUUCGCUGUGCGCCUUGCACCCCGGAGAAGCUGAGCGAAUGCCCAGCGGUUGCGCCGGACUGUGAGGAGGCGGUGCGUGAGCCGGGCUGCGGGUGCUGCCUCACCUGCGCAUUGAAGAAGGGGGAUUUAUGCGGAGUGUACACCGCGCACUGCGGCACUGGGCUGCGCUGCGUGCCACGACCCGGAGACACAAAACCCCUCUGGUCCCUGACCAAAGGACAAGCCGUCUGCACUGAAAUUGAGCGAAACCCAGCUCCUCCACUUUCAGACAAUGGUGAAAUGAACGCAGAGGCGAUAGCAGACCACGGCUUCCCGCAUUAUUUGAUGGGACUGAAGCCGUUUGAUCCGAGAGACGCGUCGGAGGCGCAGGAGAGCAUGAAAGCCAAGCUCAAUGCCAUACGGAAGACACUGGCGGGUCAGGGUCCCUGCCAUGCGGAGCUGCAGAUAGCCCUUGAAAGGAUCGCCGCGUCCCAGCAGAAGCUUGGGGACAAGUUCACCACGUUUUACCUGCCCAACUGCGACAAGAAUGGGUUUUACAAAGCCAAGCAGUGUGAGACAUCGCUAGAGGGAGAGGCAGCCCGCUGCUGGUGCGUGUCCUCCUGGAACGGCAAGAGUAUCCGGAGCUCUGCUGAUUUGCUCGGGGACUCCGAGUGCCAGCAGGAACUUACUCACUAGCGCCCUCCUGCGUUGCUUCGAAGGACAAAGCUCGCUGCGCUCUUAUUUAUUUAUACCUAUUUAUUUAACUCUUCUCAAUUCGGGUACGCUGACCUUGAUUGUCAAAAGAAUUUUAAACAAGAAAAUCUUUUUUCCUGAAUAGAAAAAAAAAAAAAAAUCAAUCUUCAUUUACUUACAUCAAAUAUGCAGCCUUAUUUAUUUAAUGUAUUUAUGCCAAUUUGUAUUGAGCAUUUGUGAUUUUUUUUGGAAUAUUUAUAUACAUGUCUUCCUUUUUAAAUUAGUGUAGAAAUGUGUGUUCUUGCCAACUCCAUCACUAAAAUUACCUCAAACACAUUGUAGAGGUCAGUGGUGGCUCUGUUUCUUACCAAAGUGUUGAAGCCUCAUUUCAUCUCAGUACACACAUGUCAUCACUUCUCUAGUUCAAUACUGUUAAUAUUAGGAACAAUAAAUGAAGUUUGCAUUUAUGGUUCACUGGCGCAUCUAGGAAGGUACCAGUGUCAGCUCAAAAACAUUUGAGUCUAAUGGCUUAUCAGUGGCAUUUACAGAAAUACGCAUGUGUUGAUUUGUAUGACGAUUUCACCAGACAUUACUUUUGAAAGGGUAUUACCAUUCAUCUACCUCUGUUAUGGAAUAGAGUUUUACUUCACAGACCUCCUUUGAGUACCCUUUCAAGAGUAUUUACCUGUCGAUCUGAGAUCAUCUCCAGUUUUGAG